CCCGCCGCCCCGCGGUCAGCCGGGCUGGCUCAUGGUCCCCGAAGCGGCGGGCCGGGCAGAGGCUCCUGCGGCCGCUGGGCCCACGGGGAUGCCCCGCGGGUGAGGCAGCCCCCCGCGCUUCCAGCCGCGUUCAUGGCGGUGGCCAGGAAGAUCAAAACUUUGCUGACGGUCAACAUCGUGGUGUUCGUGGGUAUCAUCCUCUUCUCCGUGUACUGCCGCCUGCAGGACCGCUCGGAGGGGCUGGUGCAGAUCGUGCGCAGCGCCGACCGCCGGGUGCGGAGCCGGCACGCCAAGGUGGGCGCGCUGGUGGACCGCAAAGCCAUCCUGCAGCGCCUGGACCACCUGGAGGAGGUGGUCUACAACCAGCUGAAUGGCCUCGCCAAGCCCAUUGGCCUGGUGGAGGGGCCGGGGGGCCUGGGCCAGGGCGGCAUGGCGGCCACACUGCAUGAGGACAGCCAGGAGACAGAGAGCAAGUACGAGGAGUAUGGGUACAACGCGCAGCUCAGCGACCGCAUCUCCCUGGACAGGACCAUCCCGGACUACAGGCCAAAAAAGUGCAGACAGAUGACCCAUGCCACUGACCUACCCCAGAUCUCUGUGGUCUUCAUCUUUGUCAACGAGGCCCUCUCCGUCAUCCUGCGCUCUGUGCACAGUGUGGUGAACCGCACGCCCUCGCGGCUCCUCAAGGAGGUCAUCCUGGUGGACGACAACAGUGACAGCACGGAGCUCAAGGCCAGCCUGGACCAGUACGUCAACAGGCGGUACCCGGGCCUGGUAAAGAUUGUGCGUAACAGCCGGCGAGAAGGCCUGAUCCGGGCACGGCUGCAGGGCUGGAAGGCGGCCACGGCCCCUGUGGUGGGCUUCUUCGAUGCCCACGUGGAGUUCGGCACGGGCUGGGCUGAGCCGGCACUCGCUCGCAUCCAGGAGGACAGGCGGCGCAUCGUCCUGCCGGCCAUCGACAACAUCAAGUACGACACGUUUGAGGUACAGCAGUACGCCAGCGCGGCCCACGGCUACAACUGGGGCCUCUGGUGCAUGUAUAUCAUCCCGCCCCAGGACUGGCUGGACCGCGGUGAUGAGGCCGCACCCAUCAGGACCCCCGCCAUGAUUGGCUGCUCGUUCGUGGUGGACCGGGAGUACUUCGCGGACAUCGGGCUGCUGGACCCGGGUAUGGAGGUGUAUGGCGGCGAGAACAUCGAGCUGGGCAUGAGGGUGUGGCAGUGUGGCGGGAGUAUGGAGGUGCUGCCCUGCUCCCGCGUGGCCCACAUCGAGCGCACCAAGAAGCCCUACAACAAUGACAUCGACUACUAUGCCAAGCGCAACGCCCUGAGGGCCGCUGAGGUGUGGAUGGACAGCUUCAAGUCCCACGUGUACAUGGCCUGGAACAUCCCUAUGACAAACCCAGGGGUAGACUUCGGGGACGUGUCUGAGCGGCUGGCCCUGCGCCAGCGGCUGAAAUGCCGCAGCUUCAAGUGGUACCUGGAGAACGUGUACCCGGAGAUGAGGACCUACAACGACACCCUCACGUACGGAGAGGUGAGAAACAGCAAAGCCAGCGGCUACUGCCUGGACCAGGGAGCAGAAGACGAUGACCGUGCUAUCCUCUACCCCUGCCACGGGAUGUCCUCCCAGCUGGUGCGGUACAGCGCGGAGGGGCUGCUGCAGCUGGGCCCGCUGGGCUCCACCGCCUUCCUGCCUGACUCCAAGUGCCUGGUGGACGACGGCAGGACCCGCGCACCCGCCCUGAAGAAGUGCGAGGACGUGGCCCGGCCCACGCAGCGGCUGUGGGACUUCACCCAGAGCGGCCCCAUCGUGAGCCGGGACACCGGCAGGUGCCUGGAGGUGGAAAUGUCCAAGGACGCCAACUUCGGGCUGCGGCUGGUGGUGCAGAGGUGUUCGGGGCAGAAGUGGACCAUCAGGAACUGGAUCAAGCACGGGCGGCACUGACCCCAGCCCCCCACCCCACACCCCUCCCUGACGCAGACCCUGAGCACCUGGGGAAGGCGGCGGGCUCCCCGGCUGGGCCGGGUGCUGGGACUCAGGCCCCUCCCGCCUACUGCGCCACUGGAACCCAAAGGGCCCCGGCCGUGCCCUGCCCUUCCCAGCCGGGACCUCGCCUUGGCUGCCCGCAGGCCAUGACCCUGGGACAGCGGGGGCCUCCCUGCGCACUCCGGAGGCAGAGGCCAGGGACUGGCCACCCCUCCAGGAGCACAGAUCCUGAAGACAACUCCAGCUCCAAAUCACGUGCCUUUUCUACGGUAUUCCUGUCCAGGCCGCCGGGACGGCCAACUGUGCAUGUGCUGAAGCCCCCUGUCCAUUCCCCCCUCACGGAAAUGACCCCCGUGAACUCAGAGGGCGGCCGAGCUCCUGUCCGCUCCAGGCAGAACUGUGGCCCCUUCCCUCUUCUGGUCAUCUAGGGCAAGACCCAGGAGAGCAGAGCAGUGCCCUCGCCAAGGCUGGGGAGCGGGAGCCGGGAGCCGUGGCGCAGUGGUCCCCACGACGCCCCCGGCUGGGGAGACAAGGAGACUGUGCUGCUUCGAUCCAGCGCAGUGCAGAGCUAAUGGGACAGAGCUCGUCCCGUCCACAGGAGUCCCAGCUGCUGGGUCAUCCGGGGUCGGGGCUCCUGUUCCAGUGUCUCGCCCAGGGCCAGGAGCCUUCCCUCGCUCUGAGGCAGGGCUCAGCCAAUGAUGACCCAUGGCCCUGCGCCUGUUUUUCUAAAUAAAGUUUUAUUGGCACAUAGCCACACACAUGUGUUCAUGCAUUGGCAGGCACAGCCUUCUUGCUCCAGGGCAGGAGCACAGAGGCUGUCCCAGGGGCUCCAAGAUGACAGGACCAUCAUCCCUGGGCAGGACCGUGCUCCGUGUUUGCAGUGAACACUGCAGG